AUGCGCCCAACCGCCGUCCUGCGACUCCGCCGCGCAGUGAUUGAGGUUGAGAGAAAAUUUUCCUGCGGGCCAAAGUCGAAAGACAUAUUUUGUUUCAACCGGGGUUCGCCAUCAUUCGACUACGUAGAGAAUAUCGGGCAGAGUGUCUUUGAAGAUCAGUACUUUGACUACCGCCAACAACUAUCCACGAAUGGUGUCUGGGUACGGCGACGAGAGGGCAUAUGGCAGGCCAAAGUGCGAACAGACCGGACAAAUUCAACGUACACCAAUUCCCGAUUCGAGGAGCUUUCUGAGCCCAGUGAAAUUCUUAAGCAGGUCCAGCGAUUUGUGCCUGGCGUGAGGUUCCUGCCCACAGAGAAGGAUGGCAGUGAUGUGAGGCUAUGUGGACUAGAGGUGAUGGCUCGAUACACGACUUAUCGAGACACCUGGAGACUUAACAAGGAGUUUGAGGUCGUGUUGGAUAGGACGGACUUUGGCCAUUGGGUUGGAGAGGUCGAACUACAGAGGGACGUUGAGGUAGAUGAAGAUGAGAAGAAGGCACUCGUCCAGCGACAAGCUGUCUCUGCAGGGAUGGACAGGGAGGUACGGGCCUUUAUGGAGCGUUAUCAGUGGGCAUUCCCUGUUAACAGGCCAGUUGGCAAGCUGUCUGCAUACUUUGCAAAGAGCUGA